AUUCUUCUUCAUUCUGAAAUGGCGUCCGCAGGCGACGGAAGUGCGACCGUGAAGAGGAAAAUUAGCGAACUCAAAGUUGUCCAGCUAAGAGCCGAACUUGAAGGACGCGAGUUGGACAAAAGCGGCAGUAAAACUGCACUGAUUGAGCGUCUUUCAAAGGCUUUAGAAGAGGAAGGACUCGAUCCAGAGACUCACGAGUUUGAAAUUUCUGUUGAAUCGUCUUCAGCGAAGAAAAUGAGUAACGAGGAUACAAACUUAGGUGACGAGGAUACAAACUUAGGUAACAAGGAUACUGACAUAGGUAACGAGGAUACUGACAUAGGUAAUGAGAAAACAGAUGUAGAAAAGGCACCUGAAGUUGAAUCUGAGCCUCAGACAGUCGAUGAAGCAGAAGAAGCAGAAGGUGAAAAGGAGGGCAGUUCCGAGGCAAUGGACGCCGAUGCUCUGCAGCUGUCCAUUGAAGAUGAAGAGAAGCUGCUAAAUGAAGAGGACGAGAACUUUGACAAAUCAAAAGAUGAAGCCUCCCAACAGGAAGACGACAACGGCAGCGGCUCUGCGGCGGCCGCCUCGCCGGCAGAGGCGGCCAGCACCACCACUGGCACCAUCAAGAAGAAGGGCGCCAAGGCAACCCCUGCAAAGGAGCAGGACAAGGCCUCCUCAGCCAUCACCGACUCUCCACCAAAGGAGGACCAAGAAGGAGGGCAAGGGGGAGACAGCGGCACAGAGAAGCGCAAGAAAGAAGAUGCCACCACCACGCCACCGACUGCCAACGGCACUGGAACCGCACCGGCAUCAGCUACUAGCAACAGCAGCACCACCCCUGCUAAGGCUGCCACUGCAAAGAGGUUGGUCUUGACUGCUGUGGGGAAGGCCACCUCAAAGACUGCAAAGACUGCCAAGGGAGAUGCGAAGAAGGUGGUUGCGCCCGCCUCGAGUGGACGAAAUGUCUGGGUGAGCAACUUGUCAUCGACAACACGAGCGGCCGAUCUCAAAGCAAUCUUCAGCAAACAUGGCAAGGUGGUGGCAGCAAAAAUUGUUACCAAUGCGAGGACUCCAGGUGCACGUUGCUACGGGUUCAUCACCAUGGGUACCGUGGAUGAAGCAACCAAGUGUGUCCAACACUUGCACAGCACGGAGCUUCAUGGCAAGACCAUUUCUGUGGAAAAAACCAAGUAUGAGCCUGGUGGUGCAUUGAAGAGGUCGGAAGCCAAAAACAACCAGGCCAAGGCACGUGCUGCUGCUGCGGCCGCUGCUCGCAAGGAUGGCAAGCCUGCCGAAACCUCAACUGCAGCUGGAAGUGCAGCGAGUCAGGCCAAGACCAAAGCGCCUGUGAAGAAAACUGUGGUCACAAAGAAGGUUGUAAAGCCCAAAGCAGCAGCUGAGAAACCCAAAGCUUCACCAAGCACAAAAGACUCUGCGGCCAAAAGCGGAGAUGAAAAGGAUGACGUCAUGGUGAUUGACGACAAUGAAGGAAAGGAAGACUCCAAGGACAAGCACCGUGAGAGGCGUAGCUCUGUCCGUGACCGCCACUCUGGACGCAGCCGCUCUCGAGAACGGCUUCCUCCACGCCACUCGUACUCAUCCAUUCGCCGACCUUACGAGCGUAACAUGGGCUUCUACCGGAGGCCAAGCUUCUACCAGCGGCCCUUCUACAAUCGGGGCAUGGGCAUGGGGCCUGGCUUUAGGGGGCCCUCGUCGUUUGGCCCAAACCGACCUGGCAGCAGCCACGAUAUGAUGGCACUGAGAAGGAUGCGGGAGGAACGCAUGCGCGUGCGAGAACGCAUUGAUCUGCGUGAAGAGGAGCGGCGCAACUAUCAUGACACCUUGCGACAGCGGGAGCUGGAGCGCAAGCGAAGGGAAGAGGCGUACCGGCUGGAACGUGAGCGAGAGCGUCUAAGGAUUGAGCGGGAAAAGCUGGAGCGCGAGAAGCUGGAGCUCAUCUGUCUUGAGCGCGAGAAACAACGUCAGGAGAGGGAGCGCAUCCAGAAGGAGAGGGAAGAGCUUCGCCAGAGACAGCUGUAUGUUGGCCGGGUAGAAGAAACACGACGUGCUGUCAAGCGACCACUCGUCCCUGACAGGAGGGAGGAAGACGCAUAUUAUGCAGAACGGAGACGAUCCCAUCCGUCUAGGCCCGAGUAUGAAAGCAGUGCCUCGAGCAGCAGCAAGCCAGUGAGCCAGCGUUCAGACCGAGAUGAGCGCUUUGGGGGAGGCGGCAGCAGCAGCAGUCGCCACAGUCAUCACAGCAGUAGCAGCCACCACCACCACCACAGCAGCAGUGGCGGUCACGGCAGCAGCCACGGGAGCACACACGGCAGCACACACGGCAGCAGCCACCACAUGCCUUCCUCAUCCCUGGGGAGCCAGAGUUUCUCGAGCAACCGGAACUCUGACUAUCGACACAAUGGAGCACGCAGCUCAUUGGCCGCACCACCGCCACCACCAGCCUCGUCGUCGUCGUCAUCGCGAAGGCCCUCAAUGCGAGAUGAGUGGCGCUCUGAAGGCACGAGUCGCAGGGAGCAUUCGUCGUCCUAUGACGGGGCUAGCACAGGCCGCAGCAGUAGUGCUUUUGCCGUCCCGUCCUGGACCAAAGCUGGCGGCAGCAGCAGCGCUGGCUUUGCCACCUCAAGCAGUGGAUCACAGCAGUGGGUUUCUUCCUCGUCCUCAUCGCGCAAGCCAGAGAGCUCUUCCUCGUGGAACGGUGGCAGUGGAGACCAUCAUCAUCAUCGCUGGAGCAGCGCCGUUGGCAGUAGCACAACCAGUCGUGGCGCCAGCAGUACCAACACUGUUGCUGUGGGCAGCGGAGGCUACACAAACAGCCUCUCCAAUGGUGGGGUGGGAAGUAGCUUUAGCACAGGGGACCGCUACUCGUCGGGGGGUAGCAUGCGCAGGUAUUGAGCCUUUUGAACACCCUGUGCGCCAUGUAAGCGACAGUAGCUGCAGAAAGGGGGGGGGGGGGGGCUGCAUCACUGCUGUGAAAUUGCAGUCAUGCAGUCAAAAGAGAAGUUUGCAAGGUGCAAGCCUAUUUCACUGUGUUGACACGGACCAUGCCUAUUUAUGUUGAUUUCUUGUUUCUUUUCCCACAACGGUAGUGGGAGGUCAGGGUUAAAUUGUUCUCAUUUUGUUAAAUAACCUGGCAUUUGCAGACUUUUUUUUUUUAAACAUUUUGUAUCAAAUACACAUUUUGUCUAGUGCACUGCAAGCACCAACAGAGUUAGGCUACUGUUGUAGCAACUAUAGGCAUUAUGCAUUCCUCUUUUGCUGUUUGUUUUUGUUUACACUGAACUGUACAUUGGCAAAUGGAAAGACAAUAAAUGCAUACAUCAUGUCA